AUGGCGGAGCAACCGAUUGUGAAGGGCAACUUCUGCCAUGAUAACAACACAUUCGAAGGCAAAUCCAGUGUGAUGGAAAUGUUUUCCUUGAAAGGGAAAACUGCCGUUGUAACAGGAGCUGCCGCGGGAAUUGGAUUGAGUGUUGCACAUGCCCUUGCGGAAGCCGGCGCCAAUGUUGCCAUUUGGUACAACACCAACCCGAAGGCUACUGAAGAAGCCGCAAACAUUGAGAAAAAAUACGGAGUUCAGUGCCAAGCAUACCAAGUGAAUAUCAAACAGAGCGAAGACGUCGAAAGACUACUCGAUAUGUGCGUCCGUGAGUUUCAAGGCCGGCUUGACAUCUUUAUUGCCAACUCUGGCAUUCCAUGGACCAAAGGAGCUAUGGUGGAUGCCCCCCUUGACCACUACUCGAAUGUGACCCAGACAGAUCUGGAUGGAACCUUCUAUUGUGCCAGAGCAGCCGCCUCACAUUGGCGGCGACAGAAAUCGGAAAACACGGAUAUUUUUGGCCAGCCUCUUCAAGGAUUCACUUAUGGCAGCUUUAUCGCCACUGCUUCUAUGAGUGGCAGCAUCGUCAACGUCCCUCAGCUCCAGGCUGCAUACAACGCUGCUAAGGCUGGAGUCAUCCAUCUAUGCAAGUCUCUUGCAGUGGAGUGGGUUCGAUUUGCUCGGGCGAAUACUGUCUCGCCAGGCUAUAUUGCGACGGAAAUUUCCGUGUUCAUUGAUGCCGAGACGAAGAAGAUCUGGAAAGAUAAAAUCCCCAUGGGCCGGGAAGGACUACCACAAGAACUGAAGGGGGCUUAUUUAUACCUCGCCUCUGAUGCUUCGAGCUACACAACCGGAGCAGAUCUUAUUGUUGAUGGAGGCUAUACUCUACCAUAA